ACAAAAACGAAUCGAAAAAUAUAUGCUUGACUUUAAAAGCCAAAAAAUGACCUUAGAAUGGUUCAAAACCACUCCUUUAUUCACCAUAUCAGUACUUUAGUACAUGCUUAAUGAUUUUGAGCUAUUUUUGUUGUCUAUAAACAUGGAUGUUGAUCCGAAUUAUGAGUUUGAAUGCCCGAAGUGGUAUGACUUUGCUCAAGAAGAAAAUGGCGACGAAGAGGAAUGCUUGGAUGAUUCUUGGUUUGAGCGAGAGCAUCCUCUCCACGAACCAAAAGAUAAAGAGAAAAAUAUUCAAGAACUCAAACCGCUUAUCGAGAUCAAUGAAAUCCAAACUGACAAUAAGAAGAAGACAAUGGGGUCGAAAAAAACCGAUCAAAAUAAAAAGUGCAAAAAAUCCCUUGGAGUUAGAAAGACAGUACAGUUAAGAAGGGGAGAAAACGGUCAAAGGCGAAGAAAACUCCCAGAUACGACGAGGUUGAAGCGUCGAAAUUCAUCCGAGGGAUUAAAAAACAAAGAACAGAAAUCCGGUGGACAGAUCGAUAAGAAUUCAAGAAAUGAUUUUAGUGAUGAUACUAAUUGCACGCCACCUUGGGGCGUUAAUUCUCCUUCCGCUAGACCAGGGACAAACGUAGAGACAGACAUAUCACCCAAAACAGCGUUAUUGUAUUCACCUUUACGUGGUCCAUUAAUGUCUCCAUCCACUAACUCUCCCAAGAACACUCUGUUGGCUAAGGCAGUAAACAAAGCAUCUGGGACAAACUAUAAGAGGAGAAUCCUACCUACAAUACCUUGCAAUCAUAAUGUACAGAAUCAGGAAAUCCCUUUACAUUUACCCUUAAGAGGUACAACUACAUCAUCGUCAGACGACCAAUCUCCACAUAGUUCUGUGCCAGAAUUAAAUAUGAUACAGAAUAAGAGCCCUGCUACAGACAAUUUGAAUAUCAAUAAGCAGUUAUCAAAUCCUGAAAGACAGAACAUUGACGCUAAUAGUACUGAUACAACAAAGAAUGACCAAAGCCCAGUGAGUGUGGAAGAACUUCUCAAACAACACAAUCAAAAAGUAAUGGCAUCCAGAAAUAAAUAUGAUUGCAAUGGAAGACGAAUACAAAGAAGAUCUGUAGCAACGGUGGUUGGUGCUGAAGUAGAUAAAAAGACAGGUGAUAAUUCUGAGGUCUUUGUCACACAAGAUCAGAUAAGUACAAGUUCUUCUGCAGAUGCAAACAACUUAGUUGUGAUUCAAGAAGAAAUGGCUUUUGUAAAUCCAAGUUUAAAGGGUGUAGAAAGUAAACCUGAAACGAACACAGAAAUGACUGCUGAAGCUCUCCUAAAGCUACAUAACCAGAGAAUAAUGGCGUCUAAAUGUAAAUAUGAUUCUAAUGGACGGAGGAUUAGGACUGUUAACCCAUCGUUCUGCGCUGCCCCAACCAAGUCAGAUGAACCUGAGAAGCCAAGUACUGCAAAGAAUAAAAGCAGAAGAUCAGUUCCUUCAAGUACAACAGUUGGAAAAAAGAGGCACUCCUCUAGUACAACACACAAUGAAAUAAAAGUCAAUACGAAGCUAAAACAACAGCGCAGGUCAUGCAUUGCCGAUCCAAAAAAGCAAGAGACAUUAUAUGGAACUGCAAAGAGAAGCAAUGUUGUUGAAAGUGGAAGAAAAGCAUCAACUAGUACAUGUACUGCGGCACCUGCUGAAAACAUUACCUCUAAGAGCUCUAUUUCUGAUUUGAAGAGCAACGCUACCACACAAGAUGUUCAACCUGGUCUGAAAAAUAAACGAAGAUCAUGUGUUGCAGACCCAGGAUCUAGUAUGCAAUCGUCUGGGUUAACCAAGAGUGUAGGUGUUGCGGCACAAAAUAAACAAAAAAGGCGGUCAUGUUUCGCUGCACCACAGAUGCCGAAGAGAUUUGCAUCAGACAGUGACGAUCAGGAACUAAAGGAUAUGAUUGCAAGACACAACCAGAGGCUUGGAAAGAAUAAAUGAAUACUAGAAAAUAAUGAUGUGCAUCAUAUUAAUAUACUAUUCGUAUAUGUAUAUGUAUAUGUAUAUAUAAUAGCUAUGUAUUUGUGUAUAUACAUACUAGCUUGGGGUGAAGUGAGUUACGCGAUUCAAAAGUGACUCAAGAGCUAAAUCAAGUGAACUUCUGAAGGAAUAAGGAGUUGGUAUUUACAAAUAUUUUCAAGUACAUCAGCAUAUCUGUUGCCAAUGGUAACAAUUGAGAGCAUAUCUGUUGCCAAAAGCAACAAGUUAGAGUAUGUCUGUUGCCAAUGGUAACAUCUGUCAUUAUUAACGACAGAUGUCAAUCAUAAUAAAAUUAAAGGAAAAAA